GGCAGAGAGCUCAGUAUUUAUUUGUCGUCAGAAACCGUCGGACGCGACCCCAUCUACUCUUCCUCCAAACGGGAAUUCAAAUCUAAAAUUUUCAAAGUCGUUACAGUGCCAGUGAAAAUGUCGCCAAACAACAAAAGCGAAGAUAAACCAGUGAACCCCAACGAGGGCCUACACAUUCCAAAAUGGGUGAACGAGGACUUCUUUCUGCCCAUCCUGGAACAGGACAUGGAUCAAUUCGAUAAGAUAGUGAACUUCACGCCUAUUGCCGCCACAAGUCCCGGAGAGAACUAUACCUCUAUUAUGAUCAGGGUUAUAGUGGAUAUUUUGCUAAAGGACGGCAGCGAGGAAAAGGUCUCCUACAUCCUGAAGACCAUGUUGGAAGCCGACAGUGGCGCUGAUGUCGUUGAUAGCAUGGGCCUCUUUCCCAAGGAGCGGAUGAUGUACGAGGUGCACAUCCCCCAGUUCGUGAAGCUGUACAAAGAAGCCGGCCUGGAUGUGGAACUAGCUCCGAAGUGUCUCCACGUGGCAUCCAAUAACGACUGCAUUACCCUGGUCUUCGAAGACCUGCGGCGACAGAAGUUCCAGAACGUGGACCGCCUGAAGGGAUUCGACCUACCACACAUGCGGCGUGUCCUGCAGAAACUGGCCGAGCUCCAUGCCGCCUCCGCGGUAGCAAGAGAGAUAAAUGGACCAUUCGAUCCUCUCUACUGCAUGUCCAUGUACUCGGAGGCGAGUCGACCUCUUUUCGAAAGUCUCGGAGAGAUGCGCCAAGUGCAGUUUCUGAAGGCCAUGAGGACCUGGGACCUGGACGACAUUGAAAAAUACAUUUCCGCUAUUGGCAGUCCUACGGACUUUUUCAACGGGGCCUUGAAGGUCAAUCAGGUGGACGAGAACGAGUUCAAUGUCCUCAACCAUGGCGACUGCUGGGCCAACAACAUCAUGUUCAACUACAAGGAAAAUGGAGAGAUCGACAGGACCCUCUUCGUGGAUCUGCAGAUCGGCAAGUGGGGCACGCCCGCCCAGGAUCUUUGGUACCUGAUCACCACAUCUGCAUCUCUGGACAUCAAGGUCAAGGAGUUCGAUCACUUCAUAUAUAUCUAUCACGAACGCUUAGCGGAAUGUCUGAAAUCGCUGAACUAUUCGAAGCCCAUUCCCACCCUGAGAGACUUGCACAUUUUGAUGCUAAAAUAUGGAUUCUGGGGACUUUUGACCUCCAUGGGCGUGUUGGUGGCGAUUCUCUUGCCCACCGACAAGGAUGCCAAUAUGAAAAUGAUGAUGGCCCCUGGACCCGAAGCGGAUGCCUUGCGCUACAAAACCUUUGUGAAUCCCUACUUUGUGGCAGCCAUGAAGCAGCUGUUCCCAUUCUUCGAAAACAAGGGCAUUUUGAGCCCCUAGACCCUUUAGUGUUUAGCCAAUGUAAUGUGAUAUCAUGAAUGUAUAUAGUAGGAAUGAGCAAUAAAUAACCGUUUUUAUUUAUUAAAA